UACAACUAGACUACAUCCCGAAGUCUGUACAAUAUAUGUCAACGACAACAGCACAUAUCUGGCAGAGCUCGGAGUCCUAUCGCUGGAAUACAGGAGACAUUCUCGGUCGUGGAGCAACUGCAGUCGUGUACAAGGCCAGACACUUGACAACAGGGGAGGAAUGUGCUGUGAAGUUGUUCCACGACCGCGUCUCCCAGCACUAUGCGGCUGUUCCUCAUCGCGAACUACAGUUACUCCAACGGCUAAAACAUCGGAAUGUAAUCUCUAUAUACGACAUUCAAAGAGAGAUUACUUCCAACAACUAUGUUUUGGCGAUGGAGUUCUGCGAUGGGAGUAGCCUGUAUUCCAUGCUGGACCAGCCCAAGUACUUCUACGGCCUCCCCGAAGAAGAGUUCCUGAUCGUGCUGUAUGACAUUGCAUCAGGAAUGAAGUACUUAAGGCAACAGGAGAUCAUACAUAGAGACAUCAAACCCGGAAACAUCAUGAAGAAGAUUGACGAGAAUGGAAGAUCAAUAUAUAAGCUGACAGACUUCGGAGCUGCCAGAAAACUAGAGGAGGAAGAGACCUUCACUUCCAUAUACGGCACGGAGGAAUAUUUGGUACGAGUGGAGAAAUGUGUCCGACGAGAAAUGUAUCCGACAAGAAAUGUAUCCAACGAGAAAUGUUUCCGACGAGAAAUACUGAAAAUGACCGAUUUGCAACCUUUUUAUUUUUUAAGGAAGACAUUUUAUUAAAAUAUCUAUUAUAAUGAAACAAGAAUCUAGUACAUGUAGUUUAAAAGAACAUAAUGACAGA